CCUUCCCAUCCUUCUCUCCCCUUCCCUUCGCUCCAGGCCUGCAGUCAAGUUCCAAGCUUCCCUCUCUAAUGCCCAAAUAAAGCUGCAUUGAAGCCCCAAGGAGUCGUUCAGCAAUCCAAAUCCAUGGACGUCGACAACUGGGAUCUACAGGCAGUAGUUAGGGGAUGCUGCUUGACAAGACCAUCAACAGAUCCUUUCUCUUCCUUCCCUCCUCUACUCCUAAAGGAGGAACAGGUUGAUGGAGAAAAGGACAUUCUUUUUGGCUUUCCUGAUAUCAUGGACACAGAAAAAUCUUUCCAUGAGCUGGAGGAGCUCUGCAAGCCCUUCUUCCUCAAACCCCAACAGCAACCAUUAGAGCAGCAACAGCAGCAGCAAUCCCUGCCCUCACCCCAGCAGGGUAACCCUUCCCAACAACAGCGGAGGCUGCCUCAACGACCAGUAACUAACAGUAACCCUCGUUCCAAAAGAAGGAAGAACCAGCAGAAGAGGGCGGUUUGCCAUGUCCCCGCUGAUGGCCUCCCUUCUGACAUGUGGGCUUGGCGUAAAUACGGUCAGAAACCCAUCAAGGGCUCCCCUUAUCCCCGGGGGUAUUACAGGUGCAGCAGCUCGAAAGGGUGCUUGGCGAGGAAGCAGGUGGAGAGGAGCCGGACUGACCCGGCGAUGCUCGUCGUUACCUACACAGCCGAGCACAACCACCCACUCCCCACCCACCGCAACUCCCUCGCCGGCAGCACCCGCCAGAAGCAGCCCCCUCCCCCGUCGCCCACCGCCACCUCCCCCUCCGCCUCCGGCAGCGACCGGAUGCCGCCCUCCAUCCCCCAGUCGUCGUCGGUGAAGGACAAGCUCCUCCGGCAGCGGAAGGGCAUGGAGGAGGAGGAGGAGGACGAGGAAGGGGAGGAGAUGCUGAUGGUGGAAGACAUGGAGAUGGCGGGGGAGGAAGACGUGGUCUUCUUGGGGCUGGAGAGGCUGGUGGAGGGCACGGACGUCGGCGCCGCCAACUCGCCGGCCCUCUCGGGCUUCUACGCCGACGAAGGUGGCCUCGCGGAGCAUUUCUUCGCUUCCACAUGGCUGGCCACCAACAACGCAGCGGCUGCAGCGGGUGGGAGUUGACGUAUGCUUAGAGAAAGGUACAACUGAAACUAGAGCAUCCGAGCCGUCCAUUUAUGUCUGGUCUAUUUAAUUGCCGGUCCCUCCAUUCGCCAGACUAUGAUUUGUCGCCUUAAGAUUUUAACACCCAUCUCAUGUACCCAAAAAAACGCCCGCCUCUCCACACUUCUUUGUGUACAUUUGGUCUUACAGUCUUCGCUACUUUGUGUUAUUCCUGUAUCUUUUGCACAAGUUGGGCCAAUUUUGUAUGCUGCUAUUUUGCUAUAUUAAAGCAGAGUUGGUGCUUGUUAUAAGGUGUGAUUUUAACAGCAUUCUAUUGAUAAA